CCUCAAGACUGCGGCGAGUUUUUUGUUUUUGUUUUUUUUUUUAAACACAUUUGUCUCAGAUGCAUUUAAAGCGUAAAUAUUAUAUAUAUUUCUUUGUUUUAUGUAUGUAUAUUUUAUUAAUACAUAAUUAGCCGUGAUAGUAAUGGUGUUUUUAAACAUGUUGAGUUUAUACUGUUAAGCAUAGUUCAGUGAAUUAUGUUUAGUGUCACCACCUGCUUUGUGGUCAUGGAUCAAAACUAUAUUGUUAUUGUUUCCAGUCGGUGAUUGUACUCUACAGGUUACGGUGUACAGUGGUAACAAAAAUGGUCUCUUAGGAACAUAAAUGUAAUGUUGAAUGUCAUCAUGAUGUUUUGAAAGUCUCAAGACCUGUAAAACGUACUGUAUGGUACUAUAUGCCACUAUUGAUGCCCAAAAUGUUGUCAUGAGCAUGAGUCAGCUUAGGCUUUGACACAUUCAUAUUCUUUUGUGAAGGGUAUAUAAACAGUAAAUGUGUGGAUUACUCAAGCAAAGCUGUAGUACAGCACUGAAAAGAGCAUUUUUGUAUUAUUAGAAUAGGGAUUUUAUUUGAAAGCUUUCAUGGUAAAAAUUGUUUGAAAGAUCAUAUCAUAUUCGAAAACUGCAUGCUCAUCCUCAUAUAUGCCCCAUUGUGAACUCUAAAAGAGAGGAAGUAAACUUAUUUUAGGGGUCAAGUUAGUAGCCUCAGUAUUCUGACCUCAUAUAUACACAUUUGUUAAGUUUAUUAAAUCAAAAUGUAGGCUCUGUAAAAUAUUUGGCAAAUUUGGCAUCUACUAAAACUAGCAUUUGAAAGUGUCUGUGUGUGUGUGUCGGUUUUGCCUGUAUUGUGUGGACCAAAUGUCCCCUGAUCGUAAAACCUGACAUCAACAUUUGGGGGAGCAGCCAACAGUCCCUAUGAGGAAAAUAGCUUAAUAAACAUUCUAAAUAAUGUCUUAAAGUAUAAAAAUGCAAAAAAGGUUUGCAUUAAAAGACAGAAAAUUAAGCCAAUAGAAACCAAUGGAAAGUCCCUAUGAUAUUGUGUGCGCCAUGUGAGUUUUAUACAUUUAUUCCCUCUUACUGCUGUCAGAAAAAUUGAUGACAUUCAUUACUAACUUGUUUCUAAAAAUCGUCCCACCAGACUUUUGUUUCUUCCCCACCAAUAUUUCAGCAGUGGCUCUGAGGCCUGUUAAGAGGAUUAGUCUCAGGCAAAGGGAAGUAACUUAACUGAUUUUGCCCAGAACAUGCGUCACUUGACAAGAAUUUCAGAGUUGUGCAGUCAGUGACUAGCAUUGGAUUGGUUUGGCAAGAGAAUGUUUUGAUCCAUUUCAUUUCUCUAUACAUGAUACCAGUCGUAUUUAUUUAAGCUGCGGUUUUCCCGGAAUUGCUUAUGCAACCCCUGAGCUCUGCUCAUAUGCUGAGGUGUCAGCCGUGACUGAGGUGUCUUCAUAAUGCCGAUCAGAGCAAUGAAUGCAAAGUGAGAGAGAUAAUAAGGAAUAGUGAAAUACUACAAAUGGAGGAAUUCAUGAUGAAAGAGAAACUGGAAGCGAUACAUUAAAGUAGAAGAAGCCACACAGAUUAGAAACCCUGCCCGACACAGAAGAGCUGCAUACACCAAAUCAUGUCUGCAGAGACAAUGAUGCAGUCCUGCCUCAUGGACCGGAGCAGCAGCUUUUUUAAGCUGAUUGACACAUUCUCCACGGAGAUCUCAGAGCUAAAGCAGGAGAUGGUUCAGCCAGCCAGAGAGCCGGAGACAGAGAUCUUACAGGGUCUGGAAGGAGAGGUGAGUGGUCUGUUCCUGCAAUCUUCUGCCUGUGCUGGUGCGCCUGGAGUGAGGGAUUCUGGGUAUGACUCUCUACGCAGACGCAUGAGCAUCCUGGACAGACUGAUGCAGACACACUCUGUAUGGUUGCUGCUGUCACUCAGUGAUGAGGAAGCCAGACGCGUUCUGCAGCCGCAGCCGGCAGGGAGUUUUGUGGUGAGGAGGUGUUAUAAACUACAGAAAAAGGUGAUUUCCCUGCGGAUGGACAGUGACACACUGAUUGUUCGGGACUUCCCUGUUAAAGAGAGCCAGUAUACUUUUUCCCUGGAGGGCUCAGGGAUCAGCUUUGCAGACCUCUUUCGACUGGUGGCGUUCUGCUGUAUCAGCAGGGACGUUCUACCCUUCACCCUGAAGCUCCCUGAGGCCAUCGCAGCUGCGAAAACCCUUACAGAUCUGGAGGAAGUGGCUCAGUUCGGAAGAGGUUUCUGGGACUCUGAACUGUGCAAUAAGAAGAAGUCUUCUGUGUCUGGGGAGACUGUUUGUGACAGUCAGAGACUAAAAGAGUGGGGCAUUAAGUUCUCCCCAAGAGCCAUCCCAUUCACUCGGACCCCUUCUGAACUUGAAUGCAGUCAAUCCAACGGAGCGCUGUGCUUCAUCAAUCCCCUCUUCCUGCAAACACACCAACCUGACCCUUCAUCCAAAAAGCAAGAAACAUCCCCGGCCAAAGCAGGUGGCUCUCAGCACCACCAAAGUGCGCUGCAUAGAAUAGAUCGCCAGAACUGCGAUAGCAGCAUCUUCUGCAGUACAAGCAGCAAACAAAACAAAUCACACAUAAGUGUGAGUAGAUCCAAGAGUGAGAGAUCCCCACCACCUCGACCCCCACCUCCCCGCUUUGCCUCCGGCAGAUCAGCAGUUCUCCGUAAACAGAAGACCAUGCCUGAGACGGUCUGUUGGAUCAAAACGCCUCAGGAAAAGAGCAGCCUGCUGGGGAGGUUGGGAUCAUCCUUUAGUUCCUUAUCUCCCUCAUCCUCCCCACCCAAAAAGUUCAGUAAGCCAAUCUUGGUGCCCUCAUCUCGCAGUAAGAAUUCCUCUGGCCUGCUUGACGUAGAUGGUCUCCGCUGCCAAAUGGCCCUGGAUGACCAGACAAUUGAUGAUGCCGUGUCUUGGAGCCUGGCCAAGAUGUCUUCGUGCAACACCCCAACCCUGGAGAACAGCAGCCCUGCAGAUGAGCACUGCACCACAGGACGAGAGCGACUGAGUGACAUCAGCAUCUCUACCUCGUCCUCAGACUCCCUCGACUUCACCCACAGCUUCUCCUUGCCUAUUGAAGCCAGUCCCUCCAGAACUGAACGUCCCACUGGCGACAGCAGCCUGGAGGAGGAAGAGGAAGAAGACGACGGCAUCAACUUGGAGAGCGAUCAGGAGGUGCCACCACCCUUCAAGUCAAAGAAGCAGAACGGUGCUGGUACAUUCAUGCUGCCACGUGCACUAAGAGGACAUUUGCGCAAAGUGAGCUGCGUUCUAAAUUCUCUGAGGACACCCGAGAGGAGAGCCAUUCAGAAGAUCGUUGAGCAAUCUAGGGAUAAAGGGACUUACUUUGGCUGCCUGGUGCAGGACUAUGUGAGCUUCCUGCAGGAGAACCGCGGCUGCCACACGUCGGGCUUGGACCUGUUGCAGACUCUCAGGCAGUUCAUGACUCAGAUGAAGUCCUACCUGCUGCAGAGCUCGGAGCUUGACCCACCUAUUGAGUCCCUUAUCCCUGAAGAUCAAAUUGAUCAGGUGAUGGAGAAAGCCAUGCACAAGUGUGUGCUGAAGCCCCUGAAGCCUGUGAUAGAGGCAGCUCUGCGGGACUUCCAGGUGGGCAGCGGGACAUGGCAGCAGCUGAAGGAGAAUCUGGUUUUGGCCAAAUCCAAGCAGCCCCAGGAGAUGGGCGUGGAUGGUGCUCUGCCUCCUGACCCUGUGGCCAUAGAGAAGAUUCGCCACAAGUUCCACAACAUGUGCAAGAUGUACUCGCCAGAGAAAAAAGUGUCUCUGCUUCUCAGUGUGUGCAAGCUCAUCUACACCAUAAUGGAGAACAACUCAGGGAGGAUGUAUGGGGCAGAUGACUUCCUGCCCAUGUUGACGUAUGUGAUGGCCCAGUGUGACAUGCCACAGCUGGAUGCUGAAAUACAGUACAUGAUGGAGUUACUGGACCCAUCACUGCUUCAUGGAGAAGGAGGCUAUUACCUGACCAGUGCAUAUGGGGCAAUGUCUCUCAUCAAGAACUUCCAGGAGGACCAGGCAGCUCGUGUGCUGAGCUCUGAGACCCGUAACACGCUGCACCAGUGGCACCGCAGACGCACAACCCAGCGUACUACACCAUCUGUGGAUGAUUUCCAGAACUACUUGCGGGUGGCACUGCAAGAUGCAAGCAAUGGCUGCACAGCCAAAACCCUUCAGGUUCAACCUUACGCCACAACGGAGGAUGUGUGUCAGAUAUGCGCGGACAAGUUUAAAGUUUCGGACCCAAAAAACUACGCCCUUUUCCUCUUGACAGAUGAAACCACACAGCAGCUGGCCAUGGACACUCACCCACAGAGGAUCAAGGCCGAGCUGCACAGCCGCCCACAGCCACAACUGUUCUACUUUGUGUACCGCCAGAUCCAAAACCUCACUGUCCCUUCAGACCAGCUCAAUGACAACACUUCAUCCAACUGAGAGAGCAAACCUGAAUUCCAUCAGGUCCUCUCGAAACUCCUUCCCAGCCACAUUUAUUCAUCUCCUUCCUUAGGAACAUUGCUAACAUCUGCACGGUAGCGGAAAAUGUGCUUAGAGGGAAAUGGGGAAGGAAGGAUGUGUCUGACAGAUGCAGCGUUUUUUCUGCUCUGUCUUCACUAUUUUCAAAACGUUUCGGGAAGUUGCACGCGACCGUCACGAGAGAAUAGCUGUAUCCAAACUGCAAAUGUUACAGUAUGCCUGUUUAUUUCUUCAUGAAUGCCCAAACAUACACAUUGUGUAAGCUUUGCACAUUCCACAUUAAAUACACUCCAGGACUGUACAUAUUAUACCUCUCCUGUCUCCUAUUUUUCACUAUUCUGAGGGACUGUGGCAUUUUCGUACGACUGCUCUCACUGCAGAAUGAGAGAGCUGUUCAGUGCAUUGAGGUGAAGACUUUCAGGAAGUUCCUCCCUGGACAUGGACAUCUCACUACCCAAGCCCACUGUGGACACUUGUUUUCUAAUGUAAAACUGAUUUAUGAUAUUUUUGCAGUUGCUGGUAAACUGCAUUCUAUAUAUAUAUAUAUGUUUUAUUGUUAUAGUAUUGCAUGUAUCUCUGUGAUAAGACCAAUUAAAGAACCAGGCAUUGUUGCCAGUGAUGUUUUAUCAUAUUGCUUUUGUAUGAAUUAUGAUUAUUAUGUUUUGUUAAAGUCAUUGGCAGUAAUGGAGAUGGUAGAAAUGGUGAGGUUUAGUUCUAAAAUACUGUACUACUACUGACAAGCUAAACAUUUAGGGCUUGUGGUAAUCUGGAUCUCUGUUGUACUGAUAUUGGUUCUGAUUUACAGGUUUUUAAGAACAGACACAAAGGGCUUUUGGCAAGUAGAACAAAUAGAAAGAUCUAUGUAAAGUAAGAAAGAAUAAGAAAAAAAUGACAUGGACUUUUAAAGCAGGUUAAGAGACAUUGGUAGAAAUUAUCAGCAAAGAGAAAUGAUUUUGUGUCACUGUAAAGUGUAUCAGGGAAUACCGGCAAGGAUGAGACACAUAGAGGAGAAUAGUUCUUUAACAUUCAUAACUAUACUCAUAACCUCUUAACUGCAAUAACUUACCAAGUAUGUUCUACUAAUGUACUUUACAUUUGCAUGUUUUGAUGUAAACUCGGGGCAUUUUUUUUUUUUUUUUAAAGAGACAGGGGUGCUGAAAUGCUCUAAUCCCAUGUAACGAUGAUAUAGAAACACUAGUCAAAUCUGAAGCAGUCUUGAAAUGUAUUUUAACAAGAUAUUUUAAGUCUGAUAAAUGUAUACAUAUUUAUAUGCAAUCUGUGCUGGAAUUUUUCACAGAUUUGAAAUUCAAAAAUAUUGUGUAUUCGUUUGGAGAAAAGCUCAUCCUCAUUCUUUAGUCAGUUCUUCAUAUUUCCUUUUUUUUUUUUUAAAUGUACUCUUUUGCACACAAUAAAUUGAUGUUGAAUAUG